AGCAUGACAGCAGAUAUUCUCGGCAGCACACGACCAUCAAUACAUGACUGGGACAAAGACACUGAUAGCGCCAGUGAUAGCGAGGCGUCUUUUGUUGAAAGUGUUGCUCCAUCAGCGUUACCCAUCGCUUUCAUCAACCAGCUUCCGAAUGAACUACUUACGCUUAUAUUCUCCUUCGGAUCACAACUGCCUCAUUUUGAACUACGAUAUCCUCUGAGUCCGGUUCCUCCGAUUAGAUCACCUACCUUCGCGGAGACCAUGAUGAAAACUUGUCGGCGAUGGAGGCAGUUAGUCAAGCACACGCCCUCACUCUGGACGAAUCUGUCGAUUUCACGCUCUAGAAGUGACCUCGACCGUUUGCCGUCCGUGGCUGAUUUUCAGAAACCAAUGAGCAGUAUAACCUCUGCUCUACAGAGGUCCUCAAAUCUGCUUUUGGACAUCACGAUAGACUUCACGCAUAUUUCAAGUAAGACCACUAUCCGCCAACUGUCAAGUGAAAGCGAGAGAUGGCGCAGCCUAUCCAUUUUCGUUCAAACACAGAACCUGCCGGCAAUCUUGUCUCAUCUCAAGGAUAUACACGCUCCCGAACUUCAGACAUUGGAAAUUACUGCCCACAAAUUCCACGACGGUGACUUGCCCCACAUUUCCCCGCACGGUUUUUUCAAAUCGAGCCCGCGCCUCUCCACAGUAAGUCUCAAUCGAGUGGGUCUUCGUUGGAGUGCGAGUCCGUUACGAGGGCUUACAACGCUCGAACUCCGCUUCGUUAUCUGGCCAAACCAUACCGAUUUCCAGAACUUGUUCUCAAAUUCACCCGAGCUUCAAAAUCUCAAGCUCCAUUUUGACACACACGCGUUCGCCCGCCUGGACAGGGGUAGCGGUAACUCGAGCAUGAUGCGACCGCUGAUCAAGAUACCUUGUCUCCGUACCCUUGAACUUAGGUUCAUUUACCACGACUCUUCUUCAACACAUAACGUCAUCCACCUCUUACAAAUAUUUUCCUUGCCUGCCCUAGAAGAGCUCACUUUCAAGGAUUUUGGAACAGCGGAAUGGUGUCGAUCUCUGGUGUAUUUUCGCUGUUACGCGAAAUCUUACCCAAAACUUAGGCGCCUUAUCUUAGACCGGGUCAAAGAUAUCAUAUACGUGGAUUCGAGUCUUGUGAGAGCGUUUCCGCGCCUUACAAGUCUUCACCUUAAAGGGGUGUACUCUAGCGCCUUCUGUCAUUUGCUGUGCGGAGCAAGAACACAAGAUGUGGGUGCGCGCCGACUUCAGUCCUCGACCUCCUAUAAUGUUGAGGUGUGGCCUCAUCUGGAAGAGCUUGUCAUUGAACAGGAUCAGGAGGGAAAGAUUGAUUUAGUCGCCGAAGCCGUGCGUGCCAGGACUCAGAUGGGUAGACCGCUCAAGACUGUUCAGCUCGACCGCCAAUUUUUUGACAAGGCAGAGCAGGAGGGUCAGAGGGAUGUCAUUAAUUGGAUGAAGCAAACAACGAAGGUGAAAUACAUCUGAAAUCUGCAUCUCCUUCGGUGUCUUCGAAGUGCUUUCAACAUUAGACUUUCAUUGGGUUGAGUUUUUGCUAGGUUACGGUUCUCUUUCAUUACAUACUUACUGUUCAUAAUUUUUGCGGAUGACUCCAUGUGCUUGCCGUUCUUGCACCACCUUUUCACGACUUACUUUUACACGCAUGUUUCACAACAUUACUACACGUUGUAACGGUUUCUUCUCCAUCCAGUGUCCUCAUG